GGUGGUCAAUUUUCCGAAGAAUGUGAUUAAAAAAGGCCACUGUUUGGAUGAGAAAUGUUUGAAUAAGAAAUGUCGAAAAAUAGCAGCAUUGGUGUCAUCGGAUGCCGGUCAAGCACUAAUGUGUCUGGAAGACCAAGAUUGUCCAAUGGGGUACUAUUGUGCGGCCCUGCAUUGUGCUGUAAAAUUGGAGAAUGGAUAUGCCUGUAUCAGAAAUGAAAUGUGUGAGGAAGGGUAUUGUGACGAAACAUGUGGAAGUUGUCUUACUCAUGAGCAUUGUAACAAGGACCAACGAUGCAAGAGAGCCUAUAGUAAGGAUAAAGGCAAUAGAUGCGCACCAAGAAAACGGAACGGCCAGUCCUGUAAAGAAAACGAGGAGUGCAAGAGUAGUCACUGCUUUGAUGGUAGAUGUAGAGUGUGCUCAACAGAUGAUGUAUGUCCACCUGGCUUUUAUUGCGAAAUAAAUGAUCUGAAAGAGGGCGAUAAUAUAUGUAGACGUAAAGAAGAGCUUCGUUCAAAGUGUACAGUAG